AUCGUUCUGACGCUGCGGGGCAAGAUGGGGCGCUGCUUCUCGGCGGAGCUCUGCGAGGACCGCACGGAUGGAUCUAACAGGACCGAGCUCCCGAGCAUCGGAAAGAGUCGGGCAGGAAAGAGAGCAGAGAAAGAAAAUGCUCUUGUGAAAAUAGACGAGCUAGGAGUUGAGCUUACAAAGAUCAGGGAUGAAGUCGCCAUCAACACAGCGAGAUGUAAGAAACUACAAAAUGAGAAGGAGGAUCUGGAGAGGCGCUUAGAGGAGGAGGCGAGAAAGCUUCGCUGGCAGCAGAAGGAGGAGCUGCAGGUUCUGGAGCAGCGUUUACGUGAGGAUUACAGCACUAAGAUGGAGAGCCUGCAGGAGCAGCACAAGAUGCAACUGGAUCUAGUCAAGUCUCAACAUCUGCACCAGGUGUCCGACCUCACAGCUGUCCACCAAGCUUCAGUAUUACAGCUGGAAAACAACCACGCCGUCACCCUUGCUGUACUGCAGGAUGAGCACAACCGUGAGAUCCGAGAACUGGUUGCUGCUCACGAACUGGAGAAAACACAAUUAAAGGAAAAUUUUGAAAAGCUGCGGCUGUCGCUCCAGGACCAGAUAGACACCCUCACCUUCCAGAACCAGUCCCUGAAGGCCAAAGCAGACCGAUUUGAGGAGGCUUUGAAGAAGAACACUGAGGAACAACUGAAGAUUGCGCAAGCUCCUUAUCUGCACUUAGAAGAAGAUCUGAAGAGUUUAAAACAUGUUCUGGAAUUGAAGAACCAUCAGAUUCAUGAACAGGAGAAGAAGAUUAUGGAGCUAGAAAAACAAGCUGAGAAAAAUUUAAUCCUGGAAGAAAAAAUCACUGUGCUGCAACAGCAGAAUGAAGAACUCAGAGCCAGGAUUGAGCAGAACACCGUCAUAACAAGGCAACUGUCGGAGGAAAACGCCAAUCUCCAAGAAUAUGUCGAGAAAGAAGUGGAGGAGAAGAAGCGGCUGAGCAGAACAAACGAGGAGCUGCUCUGGAAACUGCAGUCGGGAGAUGCCGUCAGCCCCGUGAAAUCCCCCCCAGCAUCAUCCACAUCAUUCUAUCGCUGCUCUUCAGGGAACUCCUCGCCAGCCAAAGCCAGAACCGUGCGACGGUGAUCCAUCAUGGCCCUCUGCCUCGGGCAUGUUUCCAGCUGCUGAAACUCACACCCAAGGAAGUACCACCAUCAGCAGGUGCCAGAGCUCGUGGCUGCAAGCAUGCUCCCUGGCUGCAUAGCUUUACACUAGGCAGGGCUCUCCAAGAGACCUCAGAUAGGAGCUCAUGGUUUUGACACGUUCAUUACAAUAGCAGGGAGGAUAGUGAUAAGUUAGGAUAGCAGAAAGGUAGGCUAGCAAAAGGUUUAGCUUAGUAUGAUAAUGAUUUCACUGUUGUUAGAGCCAGCUGUUGGAAAAUGCUAUAUGACAGGUUCAUUGGGAUGGACGGCUGCUGCAGUACUUCAGGUUAGUCUCAAAUAGAGUUCCAGUUGUGAAUAUUUCUGUAUAUGUGUCUGUGUUUAUAUACAUGUAUGUACUGUACCUUUAUACCUAUAUAUAGACGCACACACAUAUGUAUGUAGUUGAAGACGUUCUGAAUUGCAUUUUUUUAUACUCUUGGAUACUAAGUGCUGAUCUAUUUUCAUUACAGUCAGCGGUUUUCUAACUCGUGCCUAAGACUUGUAUCAAAACAAAACGCAUUUCUGUUGCGCCUCCCAGGAACAUUUAUACCCGAACCAGAAGGAAGUCCCACAGAAAUAGAAGCGCCUUCCAAGUGACCACCAAGUGGUACAAUCCUUAACACCAGCGACUUUGGCAUUCUGAGACAGUACUGCCUUGAGAAAUCACCUUUGCAUUGAGCACCAGAUGAGAAACACAAACCAUCCACUGCUUUUAGCUCCUAGCGUUGAUGUUGUAAGUAAGUGGGGAUAGGAUAGAGAUGAGAAACCCAAGAGUUCUAGUCAAUAUGAUAGAGGUUACUGGGUAAUGUGUUUCAAUUUUAGACUCUUUAGCUCCUAGAUAGCUUUUAUCUUGCUUCCCCUUAACCUAGCUUUGAAAGUCAAAACCUCUGGGUGUAGGGUCCUGUUCUGGUUGAUAAGUUUCAAGUCCCACGAGCAAGGAGAAGCAAACAAACCCUUUGUGUUCAGACCUUUGCUGGCCCAGCAUUAGGCUGAGCUGGUGGAACACCAGGCGUGAUACAGAGGGCUGCAUGGGCGCAGAAGAGGUCAGAAUGUUCCCUUCCAUACCUACCCAUGUCUCACACCACUACAUUUUACCCAACAUUACAAAGUGUGUGUGGGUUCUGUGCCCGGCUUUGCUGGAACACUCUCAGGAUGACCUCUGCAGCUCAGACACAGAUUUGGUCACCGCCACUGCAUUCCUAGUCCCUGUGCAAUGCUAUAAAAAUAAUAGUGAUGUUGGGUUUUAUUCUCCUUUUCUUGAGAAAUUUACUUUUGUAGCAGCUUUUGCAUGUGACGUGAGCAUCUUGUUAGGAUAGACCUUACCACAGCAGCUGCCGUUGAAACACGUUGCUAGGUGGUAGUGUGUCCAGCAAGUACAGCCUGCAAGUACAGCCUGUUCUAAUAGGUACACACACAAAGGCCCUCCUCGCCAAUACAACAUAACCACCCUCAGACCUGCUGCAUGCUGCAAUACCUCCUGCAGUGUUGUGCUUCAGUCUGCCAAUGCAGUUCUGAUGAGAUGAGAUGACAAAGUCAGAAUUGUUAUCAUGAUCUGAUCUCAGCUUCCCCAUGCCGAACACACCAGAGUAUAUUAUCAGCCUGGGAUGGGCUGACCAAGCCUGGCCUUCAUUUCUUCAUUGUUUUCCUCUAUUUCUGGUGCUUUCCUACUCCCAUUUUUGAAUUAAAUUCGUAUUCAGUAAUUGCUUCCAGCAGUGAAUUGGGAGUGGGGCUUCAAUGCUGGGAAAACCAGGACCAGCCCUAGUUCUGCCAUCACUUGGUGUCAUUGCCAACCCCUUCCCCAUUGAAUUGUUGCCUCCCAAGCCUGCCCAUCACUGAAUGCUUCCUUGGUGAGACCUCCAAAUCACUGGCAAAGCUCAGAGCCUGGUAGGGAGGUGUCCCAGUCCAGCAAACAUUCCCUAGGGGAUUUCACAGGUACCUCCUGAGCCCAGAAACAGGGAGUUCCAGUCCCCCUAAAAAUCAUUCCCUUUUUUUUGCCAUGUAUGCCCACCAUGGGCUGGCCCCAGUGCUGGCUCCCCUGCUCAGUGAUGCUGGCACAUCUCCCUUGAUCACAGGGCAUCCACAGGUGCCUGGCCCACCCCAUAGGGCCCAGGGGGGAAGGGGGGCAGAGCAGGGGGCCACUCACCCCUCAUCCCUCUGGCAGCAGCUUGGAGUUACCAAACAUUUGCAGAUUGAGCACUGAGGCCUUGGUGCGUCCCACUGCAGGGUUCUGGGGGUGGCAGGGCUGCCAAAGCUGCUGCUGGUGAUGGUGGUGGGGAAGAAAGCUGACGCUGACAGGUGCAAAUCAGGUAUGUUCCGUCUCUGCACUGAUCGCUUGUGUCCCAUGGACACACAAGAAGCCCCUGUACAGUUCCCACACAGCAGGAGUCCCACAGUCCGGUUCACUCUGUGGCUAAUGAGUACAGGAAGUUUGUAUUAUUUCGGUUCUGAUGUACAGAUAAGUGUAAUAUAUUCCUGAUAAUAAAUACACGCGCCAGCACACAGCGUGGGUGGGCGCAUAAAAACUGGGCUGUCCC